AUGCCGCCGCGAUCGUAUCUCCAGACUUGCCAGAUACUACUCCGACCAAGGCCCUGGGGGUCGCCUUCACGAGUAGCGAUUCCCGCUCCAAAGAUAUGCAACUCGUCCGGACAAGCUGCUCUGUUAUUACCAUUCCGGGGACUUAGUACACAAACGCCCCCAGCGAGCCAGAAGAGCCAGGCCCGACGACGGCUCACUCCUUGGGUUGCCUCCGCCGGUCUUCUUGUCUCCGUCGUUGCCUUCUUCACCACCCAACUACCUCCCGCAUCUCUCGAUGCCUCCCAAAUCCUUGAAAACUCCCCCCAGACAAGCGACAGCCUGCCCCGGUUUCGACUCUCUGAAAUCCGCAAGCACAACGGCUCCUCCCCCAACCCAUGGAUCGUCCACGGCACCAAAGUCUACGACAUAACAGACUGGGUCCCAGCACACCCAGGAGGCGACGUGAUCCUCCGAGCUGCCGGCGGAUCCAUUGACCAAUACUGGGACAUCUUCGCCAUCCACAAAUCCCAGUACGUCUACGACAUCCUCUCCCAGUACCUCAUCGGCUACGUGGACUCGGCAGACCUCACCCCCGACGGCUCCCGCCCGGCCCAGAGCGAAGAUGUCGAGGACCCCUUCUCAGACGAUCCGGCCAGGCACGCCGACCUGAUAACCCGCACCCUCAAGCCCAGAAACGCCGAGUCCCCAGGGUACGCCCUCGAGGCGAGCUUCCUCACGCCCAACAACCUCUUCUACGUCCGCAACCACAUGUGGGUGCCCACCAUCGCCGACCCGGAGCAGCACACCCUCACCGUCGAGCUGCCUGACGGCUCGGCCAAGAAGUACACCCUCCACGACCUCAAGACCCGCUUCCCCCAGCGGACCGUCACCGCCGCCCUCCAGUGCUCCGGCAACCGCCGCUCCAACAUGAGCCGCGAGUCGGGCCGCAAGGCCAACGGCCUCCCCUGGGACACGGGCGCCAUCUCCAACGCUCAAUGGCACGGUGUCCUCCUCGCCGACGUCCUCGCCGACUCGGGCUUCAAGCCUGACGACGACGUCAAGCACGUCCACUUCUCCGCCAUGGAGGCCUACGCCGCCAGCAUCCCCAUCCGCAAGGCCACCGACCCCCUCGGCGACGUCCUCCUCGCCUGGGGCAUGAACGGCGAAACUCUCCCCCGCGACCACGGCUUCCCCCUCCGCUCCAUCGUCCCCGGCCACGUCGCCGCCCGCUCCGUCAAGUGGCUCGACAAGAUCACGCUCAGCGACGAGGAGAGCCCCAGCCAGUGGCAGCGCAGGGACUACAAGUGCUUCGGCCCCAACCAGACCAGCGUGGACUGGGACGCCGCCCCCGCCAUCCAGGAGAUGCCCGUCCAGAGCGCCGUCACCGCCAUGAAGCUCAGGGAGCCCGGCGAGGACAGCGCAUAUCCCAUCUCCCUCGGCGGAUACGCCUACUCGGGCGGCGGGCGGGAGAUCAUCCGCGUCGACGUCUCCGUCGACGGCGGGCAGACUUGGUCCCAGGCUCGACUACUCCCCGACUGCUCCGGCGGCUCGUCCCCAUGCAGCGGACACGGCUUCUGGGCUUGGAAGCGCUGGCGCUUCGAGGGCCAGGUCCCCGCCGGUGCGCUCCAGCAAAACAAGGGCCAGCAAGGCGAGGAGGGUGAUGCCAACGGGGCGGCGAGCCGGGUCUGUACCACCGUGGUCGUCAAGGCCACCGACGAGACAUACAACACCCAGCCCGAGAGCCAUGCCGCGACGUGGAAUAUCAGGGGCAACCUCGCAUCCGCCUGGCACCGUGUGCGGGUCUGCACUGACUGCCUGGGCCAGCAGAAGCAGGAGUAA